AUGGCCACGCCCAUUGGCCGUCAGUCGCGGAGGCCAGCACACGCAAUCGGCUUCAUCCUCUCCACGCUGCUGCUCGUCGCCAGCCCGUUGGCCCGUGCGCAGGACGCCCUGACGGAGCCCGAGAUUCAGAUCCUGGAAUUUCUCCAGGGGUCCGUGAAUGCUUCUAGCUCCCAGCCAUCGUGGGUGGCAUCCAUCGAUGCGACUUCGGCCGUGAGCGCCCGCGUGGGCGGGAAAUUGGUCGUGGUGUCAGUGAUCACGCAAAAGGGCGAGACGCGCCGGGCCGAUCGGCCGGACCCGCCCGGCGGCACCGACGGCUACCUGCUGCUCAACCAGACGAUCCAGGGGGUGCAAGGCACGGGGGAGGAUCAGAGAAAUGUGUCUUUCGGCUGGGUGCUCGAGGUUUCCACCCUCGGGCUUGAUGAGGCCGACGCGUGGCUGAGGUAUUCGUCGGUCGUGCCGGCGGUAUUGGGUGCUGUGCUGCCCAGCGACUGGCAGAUGGCCACGGUCUUCAAGGACGAGGGAGACACCAGCUUUGCCGGCAUAACCGAGCCCUAUUUCAGCCUGGACGCAAGCGUGUUCAAGUCCUCGGCCGUGGAGGAGGUGAUCGAGUUGGAUGCGGCCGAAAUCGAUGGGGAGGAGUCGAGGGUGGUGUGGGUGAAAUGGAGGACCCGCCCCAAGGGGGCGCAGGCCGGGGAGGUGGCCAACGAGCUGCAGCGCGCGUUCAACGGAUCGGACGCCAUGCCGCUGCCCGAGGACGCCAAGAACAGCAGCUCCUCGGUGUCCUGGUACUGGGUGGGGCGUGACAGGGGGCUAGUGCUGCGGGUGGAGCACAAGUCGACGACGCCCACGGCGGCCGGGGGGUCGAUAGAUGUCGAUCGCACUUUCGCGUUCUCCAUGUACAACGAGACGGUGACGAUCCCCGGGCCGGACGCGGAGGAGCGGGCGGCCGUGAACGGAGAGGGGUGA